CCAUUAUAACCAGUGAACUGUGUUUGUGAAGUGAGAAAAUGCCGCCGAAAACAAGUGGAAAGGCAGCCAAGAAGGCUGGCAAGGCUCAGAAGAAUAUCACCAAGAACGACAAGAAGAAGAAGCGUAAGAGGAAGGAGAGCUACGCCAUCUACAUUUACAAGGUCCUGAAGCAGGUCCACCCUGAUACUGGUAUUUCGUCGAAGGCGAUGAGCAUCAUGAACAGCUUUGUGAAUGAUAUCUUCGAGCGCAUUGCUGCCGAGGCUUCUCGCCUGGCUCACUACAACAAGCGCUCGACCAUUACCAGUCGGGAAAUUCAAACGGCCGUACGCUUGCUCCUGCCGGGAGAGUUGGCCAAGCACGCUGUCAGUGAGGGAACCAAGGCUGUCACCAAGUACACCAGCUCCAAGUAAUUUUCUCUCGCUACGGAUGCGUAGAAAUAUCAAAAACGGCCCUUUUCAGGG